ACUCGAUGUCAGAAAAUUAAACCGGCUCGCGUUAGGAAAUUAAUAUCGACAAAAAAAUGAAGUUCACACUGAUCGUACUCCUAGCCCUCGGCGUUUUUGCCAGCGGCGAAGACAGUGACAACACAAUGGAAACAGCUAUCAACUUCAUAAAGGACUGCAGAGGAGACUACGCUUUAUGUGUUAAGGAAAAGCUGUUGAAAAUCGUGGACAAUUUAAGAUCAACUAGAAGCAUUGCAAUUGCUGAAGGUGUUGUUCUAAAAGGCGAGCCAGAUGUUCGAACUGGAAAGAAGUUAGACACUCUUCCUGUUGACCCCACAGCUAGAGAUGCUGAAGUUAAUUACAGAUUAAUGGACGGCGUGGUCAGCCUAUUUGAAACUCAUGCUCUUGAGGUUAAGAUGAACCAAGCUGAUAAAGAGGAAAUGCAACGCUCUUUAGAAGAAGGACGUGGUAAGAAAAAGGGUGGUAGCGGUAUUGGAGGUUUAAUUGGACUGCUCGGAGCCAAGGUGCUUAUCGGAAAGCUGUUCAUCGUCAAGCUCAUCGCUCUCAAGGCAUUAGCAACAGCGAAGAUUGCUCUGGUCCUCGCAGUCGUUCUCUUCGUUGCCUGGUGCCUGAAACAAGAUCAUACUAAAACCACAUAUGAAGUAGUACCCCAUCCUCAUCACCACGAAACCCACCACCCAGUUCAUGUAGACCACGUCGCACAUGAUCUUGGCCACGGUCACGGCUUUUCAGGCUAUGGAUCCGGUUCCGACUGGAACAAGAACAUCGAUGAUGCUCAAAACUUGGCCUACAGCGCAUAUUCACCUCAUAAAUAAUUUAGAUUUAAAUAGUUGGUACCCACCUUAUAUACCAACACUAUAAGCAUU